AUGGAUGAAUUUGAACAUGGGGAUUCACACCGAGCUGACAGGAGUUUGGUCACUGCUUCUUCAUCUCAGUUUCCGCCAAAGACCUCGCAUCCCAAAUUUUCCGCAUCACCCCCAAAUGUCCCACAGCAUCACUACGAGAAAAGUGACAAGAGAAAGACCACGUCUCAGAGGCUACAUGAAAUGGAAGAUUUCCCGUCAAAACCCAUUCUAGCACCGAGCUUCAACAACCCCACGCCGCACAACAGUGAAGAUCAACCUUUGCCGUCUCCGGCUUCGGAAAUCCGAGUGGAAAGGAUUGCCUUUGAUGCUGUGCAUGAUCCCUCACAGUCAUCAAAAGAUAUCAGCAUUCAACUUGAUGUUCCUAUCGAGCAUGACUUGAGCCCAUAUUUGGAGGACUUCUGCCGAUUUCGACGCUUGGGAAGGUUCAAAGAGGCUAGGGAUAUCUAUCAGUCGAAGCUUGCUCAAUAUAGCACCAUCCCGUACAUCUUUAUACACUAUGCGGAGAUGCUUGUUGUGUCGGGGGAUUAUAAGAGCUUCCAGGAACUCACUUUUCCCGGCCUGAACGAGGAAAAGGAUCCGAAGAGCGCGACAGACGGCAAGCUCAAAACCAAUUUUGAGCUCUUGAAACUUGUCACGCGCUCACCGAUAUGGAAUUAUACUGUAGUGGCGUUGGAGACUGUUCGGCGCGUUUUAGAGGACCUUUAUAAUGAAGAAGUAAUAGGAUCAACAGAGAUUCAAAUUCUCUCCCUUUGCCUUCAAGUAUUGAGUUACUUGAAAGCAUCCUCACACAGCCAGGUUGUGGCCCAAGCAAUACAGGAUGCCAAAGCAUUGUUGGAUCUGGAGCUCCUCUACUAUCGCUUGCUGAGCGAAGCUCGUGUCUGGGACUUCAGGGAUCUGCUCGUCAGCACCGUCUUACUAUUUGGGUGGCUAGAGACCAUCGCAAUGCUCUUCAAAACCAAAGAUUUGGACGGGGCAUUUGCGCGUAUCCACGAAGAUUGGGCCCAGUUGGAGAGCAGUGAAUCCGUCAUACUUGGUCUCUUGGACGUUUUCACCUCUCUCAUGUUGCAAAUCCGUCCUCUCGACCAAGGAGCUGAGUUGUUGUCACCAACGUUAGUCGAACAUGCCCGCGUUUUUGCGGAAUCCGUCAAGAAGGAUAACGCGGAUAACACAAAAACGAGACCUUUCAUUCAGUGGAUUCUCGCUAAAACAUGGUGGGAAACUCGCCCAACAUCAAAGCGUCCUGACGGGUUUACCAUCAAUGACUUCCAGGGGCUCUUGCUUGAGCAAGGGGAUGGUAUACACCUUCCGGUUUUUGUCCCCAACAAGCAUUUCGAAAGGCCUGACUGGGCACUGGUUUCCGCACGGCCAAAUACAGCGCAACGAGAGGCCGUCGAGGUUGCACUAGGAAUGGCCAUGGAGGGAAACGACUUAUAUCUACAAGCCUUGGCCUUAAAGAUUCUUUGUCUGCAAUCUCCCGAUCCAACGGGGCCGAUGAAUGUUUUGUCUACUGUGCAACUUGAUUUGCAAGGUGAUAUGGAAGGCUUCCUAGGCACCUGCCUGGCAAGAUACCUCGUGCCACAGGGACAAAAUGAAGCCGAUGAGAAGGAGCUUUUGCGAAACUUCAAGCAACUUGAUAACGUCUCGGGACGCUCAUAUCUCCAUUCCGUUGUUAAUCCUUCGUUCAUUUGGGCCCGGGAUGUCAUUCACGGUCAUAUUUGGGCGAACUUCACUGGGAAACAGACCCAGACACCUGACUGGGCAAUGAAUCUGAGGAUCUAUGGCCCAAGGCUUCCUCAAUACGUCGCCACUUUCAUCGAGGACCACUUUCGUUUAUCACGGAAAUGCCGAAUAAGGGCGAGGAAGCGUCUUCGAAGGGUCCCGCGCAAGCAAGUGGCAACCUAA